AUGAUCUCGAAUAUUAUUCCGGAAACACUGCCUCCAUCCCAUUUGUUACGCUAUCUCCCGGCCCACCAGGUUUUAAUUUGCCUGCACUGCCACUACGCCAUUCAACCAGGGGCUAUCGUCCGCCAUCUCAAAGAGAUCCAUUAUUCAAAUCGAUUACAACGUCGAGAAUUCGUGGCUUAUGCAUCUCAGUUUCAUCUGGCAAAAAUUGAUUUUGUAAUCUUACCCGAUGAAACCCAGUUUCCGGUGGACUUGUUACCGAUCCACGACGGGCUGGCCUGUCGCUUUGAGGGGUGCGCUCACCUAUGUGCCACAACCAAGCGAAUGAAAGCGCACUGGUCAUCUGUGCAUCAUAAUAGUGCCAGCGAUAAUAGAAGCUGGCGCUCAGUGCCACUGCAGACAUUUUUCCGAGGAAAUGCCUUACGGUAUUUCACAAACCCAGCGCUCUUGGAGUUCUCGACUGGUAGUUCAGAAGAGCCGAUGAGCGCAAACGAGGAAUCUCCAAGUACUACUAUCACAACCCCAGACGCAGAUGAGCAAAGAAUACCAAGUCUAUCUACCUAUAAACACAACAUAUCGUGGAGCAUCGAGGACACCCACCUCUUUAACCAUUAUCUGAGCUUCACAUAUAAAACAAUGUCAAGUGGCCCAGAUACCGACGGUAUCUUCAGGAUUAUUGUUCCCCAACUAGCUGCCCAAUUCCCAUUCCUGCUUCAUGGCAUACUAGCCUGUUCAGCGCUCCAUCUGGCUUCCACCAACCCCCAAAACCAAAAAUCAUAUGUACUCCAGGCAAUCCGGCACCAAGACCAAGCCCUCCCAGCCUACCACCUGGAAACUAUGCAUGUUGACACCGAUAAUUGUCGGGCAAUACUGGCCUAUGCAUUCUUCCUCGUCGUCUAUGGCCUAAGCCCCGAAAGUGAAGAUGAUAUACUGUUUCUCAGCAAUAAAUGGGAGGCAACCCCGUCUUCGAACUGGAUUAGUCUUUUGCGCAAUGGCUGCUCUAUGCUGUGUAAUGUCUGGUCUGAACUAACACAUGGGUCAUUGGCUCCUUUUACAGCACUAUGGCGGGAGGAUCUCGGCACCACUGUUGAUCCCAGCGAUCCCAUACUUAUGUCAUUGUUAUCUGUCAUUUCAGAGUCACAUGAAGCCGCCGAUUGUGGCAACAGAUCUUCAGAUAGUGAUAUGCAUAUAUACCGCGACGCAGCUUUCAAGUUGGCUGAAGCAUUCGAGUUCACCCGACGAUGUGGCGCUUCUCUGAGUAUUUGGGAUGCUCUGAACUCGUGGCCGAUCCGAGUAUUGCCCGAGUACUUUGAUUUGUUAGAUCGGAAUCAUCCGGGCGCAUUACUGCUCUUGGCUUAUUACGCUAUCCUGCUGAAGCCACUUCAGGCUGAGUGGUUGUUGCGUGGUCGGGUUACGAAGCUAAUGGAUGAAAUUGGGCGCAGACUGGAGGGGAGCUGUUCACUACACAUCUGGAAUCUGUUUUUGGUUGCUCAGCGGGAACUUCUUUCUUGA